UUUGCAUCUUACCUCUCAUAUUUCCUUUGUUCUUGAGCAUUUUCUUGGUUAUUUUGCUCUUUACGUCGAUCUUUGAAGAGAACAGUGGUUAUGAAGCUCUCAAAGGAUGAACUACUGGCAGAUAUCGAGCAGCAGGGAUCAACGAAGAAACGUCCACCAAAAGUUGCCCCUCCAACAAAGAGAGGAUACAAGUCUAUCCUCUCGCUAUGGCAGGACUUUGCAUUGCGUAUUGACCAGCCAGCGCUGGUCCCAAGCGCAGGUUACAUGAAGAGCUUCUUCAAGAUGUUAGCAAUCGAGCAUAAAGGGAUGCUAGGCCCACGCCUGUCCCUCAACACCUUAUGCCCAUACGUUACACGCCUCGCGACAGCGUACAAGCAUGAACACGAUAUUGAGAUUCCACAGAGGGUAGUGGGGGAAGUGAAAGAUUGGAUUAAGACAGACUUGAAAGAUUUGCUCGCGCUUAGUAGCAAGGCCCGCCCGAAGCCAAUGGCAGACUCGCAAGAUCUCGAAGUGCUCAUUCGUUACUUGUGGGUAGAGGACAAGCACAGUUUCCGAAACCAGCUCGACCGCGUUAAGUUGCACUUCUUUCUUCUAUGCCUUGCAUACACUGUAUCUCGGCCAGGGGCAGUCGUCGUAUCAGAUUCAUAUCGAAACAGCAAUGAGGCUAUGAAAUAUAGAGAUUUGAAAUUCCACCUCACUCGGGAUGUCGAAGGCGGUCCACCUCAGAUGAGCCUCACAGUUACCUUCAAACUUAUGAAGGGGGACAGAGACGAGGAGGAUGAAUUUGUUACAAUAACGCUCUGGGAGGACCGGGCCUAUCCACACCUAUGCCCAAUUAUGCCUUUCCUUACCUUAGCAUACGAACACGACGCAUUUGAUAUUAAGCCAGAAGAGCUUUUUUGCGCUACGUUAGAUCGUAGCGUUGUUGAAGUCCCUCUCAAAGAUGAGGUCUUAGAUAUGCCCCUUUUUCGAGCAGCAGACGGGACGGCUGCAUGGACAUACGCUGCUUCUUACCGCGCCUUGACAGCGCUUGCAUACCGUGCAGGAUACAGAUGCCAAGUAACUUCAUACGCUAUUAGGCGCGGAGCUGCCAAUAUUCUAGAAAAGUCUGCUACAUGGGCAGAAACAGGCAUCUUGAUGGGUCAUAAGAAUGCCAAGGUGUUACAAGCACGCUAUGUCAACAAACAUGUCGGUGUUGACUUACAAAGCCUGUUCCAUAAAAGAACUGCAAAGACUGAUCGUCUACGGCCGUUGCGCAGCUUAGCUGCUGAACACUUCCCAGGCGCACCAUGCGACCUCCGCGGUACGGACCUGCAUCAGAAGCUCAGGAAACACCCUAAAUACAUUGAGCGUCGCCAGGAAUGGCAGGACCUUAAGCAGAGCGCGGCAAGCGCAGCCCUUGUUAAAGCUGCGAAAACAAAGAUGAAUGUGGAAUUAGCACGUCUUAGAAGAGUUGAGACAAAGAAGCUCAGAGAGGAUUGGAUCAAAACUGAUGGAUUACGUUAUCUCAGAAUGCAACGGCAAGACAACGCAGCCCAGGAGCUCUCCAAAGAAUUGAACGACUACACGCUACCGCCAUGGCGCGCCACCGUGACUGAGAUGCUGUUUGAGGCAUCAGAUCAAUCACAAGAAGGGAGGCUUGUAUUAUUGCGCAACCUUCGGGACCUGUCUAAAGUCAAAUGUGGGCCUGCUAGAACCAAGAUGCUAUAUCCGUGUCCCUAUAUUGAUUGUGCGCACCAUGAGAAGCCCUUUGACACCAAGGAUGCUCUAAGUCGCCACUCUCGCCAUCACGGAUGUCGCCACUCUCGCCAUCACGGAUGUCGCUAUAUUGAUUGUGUUUACUAUGAGAAGCCCUUUUCGACCACGGCCGCUCUAACCCGCCAUUCUCGACAUCACCGCCAAAUGGAGUAUAUGUCCCAACAGAUGAAUGAAGUGACUUUUACACGCAGGGCGACUCUCCACUGCGGCCAAGGCAACACUAACACAGAACAUUCCUGUCCUCAUCGCAGUUGUCCGCGCUACGUGUUGCCCUUUGCAUUCAAAAGAGAUCUUCAGCGCCAUUGCGACCGAAUUCAUAAUACAUCGGAAUACCUCUGCCUGCAUCAGCAUUGUAUUCGCAGCAGAAAACCUUUUACGAACGAAAUCUCUCUUGUUCGCCAUCUGCAUGAAGUUCACUCACAAGUAUUUCUUCUAGAUGCUCAGAGACAGCCGCCGAAGCCACAUUCUGGCUUCACGAGUGAAGCUGGGCCUCACAGGGUCUUACAAAUAGUAUUGCAGGCCAAAUAGAUAUUAUAGAUUAGUUG